AUGGCCAGUGAUUGGGUUUGUGCACCCCGCCUCUAUGAGGUCACCAAAAACUACUUUCCAAGUUUUCAGACAUUUGAUCAUCCACUGAAACUGGUCACAGUGGUGGAUAGCAAGGGGACAAGAGCGCCAAGUUUGGGUAGCAAUGCCAGUAGCCGUUCAUCUAGCAUGUCGGUACUGGCCGAUCCGUUGUCACAAACAACAUUGGAUGCGGCCCUGGAUCCUUUGUCGCAGUUUGCAAAGCAGGACCAGGAUGCUAUAGAUCCAUUAACACAAAUGGCCUCGGAAUAUGAAUCCUUUAAAAAGGUCAAAUCGAAAAUACGCGACAAAGAAACAUUGGACGUACUCGAGGACACUUUAAAUUGGAAUUCCAGACGGUUGACCAUAUUAAAUAAAUUCACCACAUCUGAAAAGCUAUCAAUAUCAACUAGUUUCUUGACAACAUCCAGUUCAUCUCAGUUGGGAACUGAUACAAUUAAAGUCCAAACUGUUGUCUCCGAUAAGGUUAAAUUUCGUUUAGAACAAUUAGAUGAUUUUGAAGAUGGCUCGGUGCGUCAUAUGAUGGACUUAACCCAGCAGGAAUAUAUUCAACGCAUAGAACAAUUAAAUCAUGAAUUGGUACAAUCCUGGCAUAAUGAUCAGCGCGUUAAGGCCUUGAAAAUCGCAAUACAAUGUUCUAAAAUUUUAGCAGAUACCUCUGUUCUAUCCUUUUAUCCCAGUCAAUUUGUUCUUAUCACAGAUAUAUUGGAUAUUUUUGGAAAAUUGGUAUAUGAUCGGCUUAAACAGAAGGCCACUUCGGGACCAGAAUCCAUGCGCCAAUCCAAUGCUGAUAGUGCGCGAGAUACAUGCCAAAAUUGGUUUUUCAAAAUCGCCUCAAUUCGUGAACUUUUACCCAGGUUGUAUGUGGAAAUGGCCAUACUAAAAUGUUAUGAGUUUUUAAAUGAAAGUUACGACGAUGCUUUACUGCGCUUAACCAAAGCUUUACGUGGUAUUGGAGAUCCAUUGGUGGCCAUAUAUGCCCGUUGCUACUUAGUGCGUACCGGGGUACUUUUGCAAUCACCCAACAAGGCAUAUAUUUAUCAAAAUUUCAGAGACUUCCUGUACAUAUAUCAAACGAUAUUUAGCGGUUCAAUACGUUCUGAAUUGAAUAGACAACGGGUUGAUAUGUCAGCUUAUUUGGCAUUAUAUGGUCCUGCUUUAAAUUUUAUCUUAGAAGCAUUGGUGCACAAAAAUAGUCUCUACAAUGAAGAAAUUCUCAAGGAUGUUCAAAGUAUAAAAAAUAAUGGCACAAUUCUUAUGUCAAUUUUACACGCCUUCCAACCGGAAUUCAUUGCCGCUCAUGCCUUUGAAUUUGUUAAUGUUUUAUCCGCCUCUACUGAGGGUAUUUCUAAGUCGCAACUCUUCAAAGCACUGGGUACAAGUAUGAGUACAUGCUCGCCACUGUGUGAAUCCAAACAAACAUUUUUACAUGAAGUGUUUAAGACCAUUAAUACCUUUACCGAUCCCAAUGAAUAUAUAAUAAGUGUUGAAUCAUGGGCACAAUAUAUUGCCACAAAUAUGCCGAUUGCCGAAGUAAAUCGCUUCCUGGGAGAAAUACACAGUCGCAUUUCCAUCUCAAAGGCCGUGUGCGAAAAACAUCAUCAACAAUUGAGGAAUAUACUGGAUAAAAUAUUGCAAUAUCACAAAAAUAUUGAAUUGCUUUUGGUGCAAGAACACUUUUUGGCCUAUUUGGACUUAUUUCAAAAAGAGUCACUAAAAGUUGAAGCUUGCAAGCAUAUUUUGGAUAUUUACAAACGAAAUGGUAGUGAUUCCACAAAUGAUCCCAUUGUUAUAAAUGCCUUAAUGUAUAUCGGAAAAAUACUCAAUGAUUAUGUAAAUGCCCUAACCGUUGAAGAUGAAAGGCGACAAAUCUCAAAUUUAAUUUGCAAUUUUAUACGUAAAGUUCAUUUUGGUACAGAUUUCGAGAAGCAAUUAAGUUUUUAUGUCGAGGCGAGGGGUACAUUUUCUAAUCUCGAUAGUGUGUACAAUACUUUAGUACAUUCCGUUAAUAAAUUGGCAAUGGAAACAUGUCAAAUUGUGCAAUAUAAACAUACACGAAAAACGCUGAGUUUUGUUAAGGCCUGUGUGGCAUUUUGUUUUAUAACCAUACCCAGUAUUACAUCGAUACAACAACAAAUGGAUUUAUAUUUAUUGAGUGGACAAGUAGCAUUGGUGAACAAUUGUUUGGGCCAGGCUGAUGCUUGCUUUGAGGAGGCAUUAAAUCUUGUACCAGAUUUACAAAAUACCAUAGAUAUCGAUGGUAAAUCACGAACAAUGGAUACGUAUCUUACAGCGUUUCUUAAUAAUAUGUUGGCCACAUUGGUAUUGGUACCCGAUAGCCCGGAUCAGGGUGUAUUGUAUUUGUUACGUUUGCUAUUGGAUGUUAUUCAAAAAUAUCCGUUUGCCCACGAAAGUGGUCCCGCAAAUAUCUACUUAAAUGCUCUAGAUAUGUUGUAUGUGCAAAGUUUGGAAACGUUUCCCUAUCACAUACCGGGAGUUAUUUCUAAUGAUGAUCUAUAUGGCCACGAUCCCAAAUUUUUGGGUGAGGUAAAUAAUUUGUGUGCCUUUGUGGUGGAAGAAAUCCUACGAUGUUUAAGUCAAUUGGGUAAUAUCCAACAAUAUAAACUGCAAGCCACACUUUCAUUGGAACUUUUGGUACGCAUUGUACGCUAUGCUGAUUUAUCCAAGGAACAAAUAUAUCUUUUGGCUUUGAAUCUGGGUCUAUUGGCCUUGAAACAUGAAUCCCUAAUGGAAGCGAAAUAUAUUGUAAUUGGUUAA